AUGGCUUUGUUAUAUGGAUCCUUGUAUUUAUUCGUCGAGUCAUUCCCACUAGUGUUUGUUGACAUCUACCACUUUAGUCUGGUUGAAAUGGGUGUUGCAUAUAUGGGCUUUACUGCCGGCUGCAUAUUUGGAUAUCUUGCCUUGUACAUUUUUCAAACAAAAUUUAUUGAUCCUAAAUUUGAUAGCGACGCAUUCGAACCGGAGUUCCUUUUGCCGUUAAAUAUGGUUUUGGGUUGGAUAUUCCCUUUAUCACUAUUUUUAUUUGGCUGGGCAGCUUCUGUGCCUUGGAUGCUUGUCGAAUUAUCUCUGUUUUUGUUCAUGUUCGCGGUGUUCAUUCUUUUCCAAAUCUCAUUUUCAUAUCUUGCUAUGUGCUAUCUCUGUCAUGUUGCAUCUGUUUUUGCUGGCAGCGCCCUAACAAGAUCGCUAUUUGCUUGUGCCUUCCCUCUAUUUGGCACUGCAAUGUAUAAUGACCUUGCCAUUGAACACUACCCUGUUGCUUGGGGUUCCUCCUUAGUUGGGUUUGUCGCAUUGGGCCUGUCAGUGAUUCCAUUGUGCUUUUCAAGUACGGUAAGUCUUUGA